AUGCACUUUUGGAAGCCCAGCGAGGACGUCGUGGCACCGCCAUCGACCGUACCUGCACCGAAAACUGGUGCAUCGGUCAAGGCAUCCAAAGCUGAUGCGCCCGCAGAGCCGCGAUAUUUGCUGUAUGACACCCGCUACCACGUCGGCUUCAUGGCACAGGUGGAAGUCUUUUUCGUCGCCCUUGAACUCGUGUCUCAGCUAAACAGGCGCCUCAACACUGCGUGCAAAGAUGCGGGAGGACCUAGUUGCCAACCGUGGACACUGGUGCUGCCGCCAUGGUGUUGGGUACCUCGGUGGUACCAUGCGGAUGCAUCACGGGGCAGACCGUGGAGCGACCUGUUCAACCUCGAGGGUUUGAAGGCUGAGGUGGCGGUGCUCGACUAUGCCAGUCUCGGGAACUCCGCAGUAGAUGUGGGGGUGGUUUUGGUGCCGGGUGGUCGAACUCCGCAGCUCAAGGAUGGUCAUGGUGACUUUCUGGGCUUCACCAAGGACUUGCAGGCCUGUGAAUCUCACGGCCAGCAAGUCCCCCAAGCUGGCAGGAAGCAGCGUAAUUCAGUGGUCUAUUCCGGGUACUGCGACGAAGACCUCGCAGUGAAGAAUCUGAGAUGUGGAGUCGUGAGAGAGAGCUCUCUCAAGGCCUUGGUGGACCUCGCGGAGAAUGUCAAGGGGAGGAGCCUCUUGGUAAAGCACCUCGAUGCACUUCGGCUUCACCAUCCAGAAGGUGGUCUGGUCAUGAAGUUCCAUCACAUGCUUGCUCCAGCUCCAGCUCUUGUGACAUCAGCUAAGAAAUUUGCAGACUUGGCGCUGGGCCCGCUACCCUAUCUCGGGGUGCACAUUCGGCGGAAUGACUUCGUUGUCACACACGCCGUGACCACCCCUAGCGCAACGGCCGCCGCCUCGAGAAUCAACCGGCUGCUGAAGAAGAGGCAACUGGAGCAGGUGUUCGUGGCAGGUGAUGCCGACGAAGGAUUUCGUGCUGAUCUCCGCUCGGGCGUGAAAGUUGCUUUGUAUUUCUUCUCGCAAGACGAUGGGGCUGAGCUGCCCGAGCUCCGGGGUCAGGAGGAGCUCAUUGAGCUGCAGCUCGCGUCGCAAGCAGAGUACUUCAUUGGCUCUGCAGGAUCAGCAUUCUCAGCAGCCGUGAGGCGACAGCGGCAGCGGCUUGGCCAUCCACUGUCAACAUCUGACGAGGUCUUCUGCGCCAACCUCACGGCAGAGACCUCACGCAAGCGAUGCGCAGCGGAGUAG